AUGUCUGACCAGUCUGAAUUCCAAAGAGGGAUGAUUGUUGGGGCGCGUUUAAGUGGAGCAUCGGUGACAGAAACAGCUAACUUUUUGGGGUUUGAAAGAAGUACUGUAUCAGCCGUUAUGACAGCAUACAUGAAAGAAGGUAAGACGAAGUCUUCAAAGCAAAACAGUGGCCGAAAGUCAAAGCUUGAUGAUAGGGAUAGACGUGUCUUGCAGCGCGUAGUAGCUCGAAAACACAAGCAAUCGUUAUCCGAGAUAACAUCAGACAUGAACAGUCAUCUUCAGGACCCCGUUUCAACAAGAACUGUUCAAAGAGAACUUCAUGCAGCGAACAUUUAUGGGAGAGUGGCAAUUCGUAAACCCUUGGUGACAGCAACCAAUGCUUUCAAGCGCCGUCAGUGGUGUAGAGGUCACAAAGGCUGGUCCCCACAGCAGUGGCAGCAGCAUAUUUUCAAUACGGAAGUUGUUAACUCAUCUUCAACGAGUCAGACUGUGAAGCUAAUAGUUGCGGGAAUUGUUUAUUUAACAAUGAGAAACUGA